GUUGCCUGGCAACAUUGCUUAAAAAGUUGCCCUGUGUAUCAUCAACCUAAGGCUGUCAUUCUGUCACAUCACAUCAUGGACAAGUAGCAGGUUUUGCAAAACUGUUCUUUUGAUCUAUAUUUACACUGAAGUUGACAAGGCAACAGCAUUUCACAGAGCAAAUAAAAGAUGUAUUCAGGUGAGAGCUUACACAGCUGCACACUGGGAAGUUCUUGAUAAGGACACACAUGUAUCAAAAGCCACUUGUCUCCAUUUGGCUAAUGCAAAAUUAUCUCCAGAACAGGACCCUGGAAUUCUCCAGUGCUUGGAAUGGAUUGGAUGGAAUUCUCAAAUUUUGCUUCUGAAGACAGGACGGCAGAUUUACUCAUGAUUAUAGCGAGUGAUGGAAUGUUGUUGAUCUGGAGCAUAACAGGGACCUCCUUGUCUUCUGCUCUUGGUUCUGUACUUCCUGAAGCACACUUGUUAGUACAAGUUUAAUGUGUCAGUCUUCAAGGUGCUGUUUCCUGUAAUGUGACUGUCACAUGUAAAUGGUUAGGCUUCCUCUACCACUCUUUUCUAAUGUUAACACUGCAGAAGUACUGAGAAAAGCCAGGACCACAAAAUCUGCUUAGAUCUAGCUUUGAUAUAUUGUGUCUUCCGACAGUUGCUAGGGUAAUUUAAGCAAGUCAAGCAUAAAGUAAAGGUUGAUGGCAUUGAACUAUUGCGAUGUGGAUAAUAGUAGUUAAUCAGAGGUCCAGGAUUGAACUUCAUGGACUGGCAGGAUUGCAUUGCCUGUUUUGACAAGAUGCACUUUGAGGGAUCCAGCAAUGUCACGCUGUUGUUUGACUUCUGGGAUGUGCGUGGGCCUGCAGGGAUGGUGUUGUCGGUCUUUGUCGUUCUACUGCUCACCGUGAUCUACGAGCUUCUGAAAGUGUGGAAGGUCACUAUCGGACAACAGAAGCGAUCCUCCAUGACGCAUUCAUCCGCUCCGGUGUCUUUCUCACCUGGAGCAUCCUGUUUCGCCCCUGUCAUGAAGUGUCAAGGGGGAAGCUCUUCUCUGAACAACAGCCCCUCUGAGAUCUCAUUAGCUCCCACUGAGAAUACGGCCACCACUGCUGUUAUGAAGAGCUCUGCCCUCCAUCAAAUGUCUCUUUCCUUCUUCAGCUGGCUUCUGCACUGCCUCCAGACCGCCAUACACAUCCUGCAGGUGACGCUGGGCUACAUGCUCAUGCUCUGUGUCAUGUCCUACAACGUGUGGAUCUUCCUGGGGGUCAUCAUUGGAUCCGUCUUGGGAUACUUUCUGGCUUUUCCUCUACUGAAUCACAUUUGAGAAGAAACGAGAGAACAAAAACAUGUGGUCGGCAUCUCGAAAUGUUCAUCUGAGUUGACUGCGGACUCUAGAUCAAGAUGCAAGGUUUGUGUGGCCACAACCAAUAAGACGUGCAAGAGAUGUUGCGAUAUGAAGACUGAACAGGGAUGAUUCUCAUUUUGAACUGUUUUUAAGGUUGUAUUUUGCAUGAAAUCUUAUUUAACUGAAAUUUGCCAGUAAACAAUUGUAAAAAAGGUUAAAAACCAACUUUCAAAAGUGUUUCGAGAUUAGAUUUUAAAGCUCAUUGGAAACAUAAUAUGUUUGAGGUUGUAUGAUGUUGUGUCCUCUUGUUCAAACAGUCAGCACUGUACUAAAUGGAGAUGUGCCUCAUUGAGCGGUUUUAUACUUUCUACAACUACUGACGUAAUUAAUAAGCUAAUUUUCUGUUACACAGAUGAAUGUUUGUCUUCUCUGAGAUUUGCUUUACUGUAGCUGGUGGUUUUCUGUUAUUUCGGGAAAUCACUAGUUUUAAACCUCAUAAACUUCCUACUUGAGUCAAGAUCAGGCA